CCGGGCUGACUCAACCUUCAGCUCCGGCUUCUCACUCAUCCAGCCGUCCUGCACCUCUUCACCUGGCUCCACCGGGGACAGCACCGUCUUUAACCGAGUCAUGGGCAUCAUCGGUGGGCAGCAUCUCACGGUGUAGUCAGGAGGAUUCGUUGCCCCCCCGUCAGAGAACCAUGGAGCCAGACGUGAUCCGCAUGUACUCCUCCUCUCCGCCGCCGAUGGAGGACGGCGCCGAGGAAGACGACGACGAGUUCGGAGACUUCGGCACCUUCUCCUCGUCCUCCGGCGUCCCGACGAGCAUCAGCUUCACCGAGUUCGACACGCCGACCACCUUCAACCAGACGCAGGCCUUGGUCGCCACCUCCCCGCCCGAAAUCCUCAACAACGGCACCAACCGGGUGGUGGUGGGUGGGGGGUCGAUCGGCUCGUCUAACGGGACCCACUCCCCCCAAAACGAGUUGUCCAAGGCUAACGGCCACGUGGGCGGCGCUCCACCCUCAGAUAGGACUGACGUUAAAAAGGCGGUGGUGUCCGCGAGCACCGCCGACUGCAACGGCGGCGGCGCGGAGGUGCUCACCAACGGGUUCGCCACCUUCGACGUUCAGGGAAGCCCCCCCCCCUCGCAGAAUUCUGUCCACUCUCAUUUAAAAGGAACGUCCAGCGAGGGCGAGGAGGGCGGCGGCGGUGGCAGCGGCGGACCCGAGGACGACUUUGCAGACUUUGCCGCUUUUUCCAACGCUGACGGACGCAGCGAGGACUCGGGCGGUCCGGCGGGGGGUGACCGCCAGCCGGAUGCCCCCCACGCCGCCGCCGAUGACGAACGCUGUCGUUUAGAGCAGGGGACGACUUCGGAGGACAGUGUGAGGGACACGCACAGAACUGGAGCCGAGUCCGAAUCCGUCGUUCCCGCCGAGGCUCCGGGCGGCUCGUGCAACACGGACCGAGGCGCUAGCUCUCACGAAACGGACGUAGACUUUGCACACGAGCGCUCGGAGUCGGAGGCGGUUUGCACUAAAGCAGCUCUCACCCUGAACGGGGUCGUUGCCGCCGGCGACGAGUCCAAAGACGACAACGGCGAAAACGACUUGUCGCCCGACGCGAAGGGCUCGGGGAACGAGACCGAGACGGAAACGGAGACGGAGACGUCGCUCGGCCGGCCGCUGUCCACGGACGCUCUGGAGGAGUUCGGAGACAUGAGCACGACGGGUUCGGUGCCGUCGCCGCCGCCGCUCCAGGAGGAAACCGCCACGCCCGCCGACCACAGCCAACUGGCCGAGGACGACGAGGACGAGGAGGACUUCGGGGAUUUCGGCGACGUCGGCUCCUUCGGGGGUCAAGGCUUCGCUGAUUUCGAGAAGCUGGAGGCGCAGCAGGAGGAGAGCAGCAGGCGGCACAGCUCUCCGCUUCCUCCCGAACAGGAAGCCGCCCCCGCCGCCACCGUCGCCAUCACCGCUGCGGAGGAGGAGGACGACGACUUCGGUGACUUUAACUCCCCCAAAUUCCACAGCGGUGGAGCCGACGGGGACGACGGAGGCAAAUUCGCAGACUUUCCCGUCAGCGAUAGUUUUGGGAAUUUCAGCUCAGCCGUGGAGGAGGGGGCGGGGCAGGAGGGCGGAGGGGCAGAGGAGGAGUCCUGGGCGGCGUUCGGCUCGGAGGAGAACGCUGCUCCUCCUGCAGACGGAGACGAGGAGUGGUGCGAACGUGAAGCUCCGAGCGUCAGCGAACAGAGCGGCUGGACGGACGCUCAGGCGGCGGCGCUGUCGUCCCGUCUGGAGAAACUGUUCCUCAGCAGUUUCCCUCAGAGCGACGCCGCCUCCGUAGAGGACGACGUCAAGUCUCUGAACAUCCUGCUCGACCCGGCGGGAGGAAGAGGAGGAGGAGGAGGAGGAGAGGAGGAGAAGAGGACGAGACCGCCAUGCAACAGCACUACGUGUCGCCCAGCCAUAUUAUCUUAUCAUGUCGUGUGGUUGUCUUUCUGCAGAGCGGUCGGCGGCAGCGUUUGGCUGCAGCUUCAGGACAUCCACGAGUCUCUGGGCCUCAGAUAUCAGUGGGGAGGCUCCUACUGCAACAAAGCUCUACUCUGCUGCCUCGGCAUCGACACCAGAAACAUCCUGUUUACGGGUCAGAAGAAGCAGCCGGUCAUCGUACCGAUGUACGCAGCCAGUCUGGGGAUGCUGGAGCCGACCAAAGAGCCGGUGAAGCCCGUCUCUGCAGCAGAGAUGAUCGCCUCCAUCGCUCAGGCUCCUCCAGUUGCUCCAGAGAAAAGCUCCUCAGACACAGACGCAGUCCAGCAGGAGGCGCUCCCACCCGUCCAGUUCGACUGGAGCAGCAGUGGCCUUACCAACCCUCUGGACGCCAGCGGAGGUUCGUCUCUGUUAAAUCUCGACUUCUUUGGUCCUGUGGAGGAUUCAGGCUCCACCAGCUCGCCCUCCAUCCCAGGCGUAGACCCCGAGCUGUACGAGCUAACGACGGCGAAGCUCGACCCGAGCAGCCGCGUAGCCGACGCCUUCGCUCGCCUGAUGUCCACCAUGGAGAAGACCAGCACCUCCACCAGGAAGCCGAGGAAAGACGAGAACCUGAGCGAGGAGGCGGUGAAAGUGAUCUCAGGUCUGCCGGAUCUCUCCUUCAUGCAGGCCAAAGUGCUGAUGUUUCCCGCCACGCUGACGCCGCUCGUCUCCACGGUAACGCCGGACUGAAGACGCCCGCCUCCCUCCCCCACCCACCCACCAACCACUACCACACCUCCUG